UACGUUUUUUCUUUGACACCACAUGAACAAGUAUCAGAUAACCUCGUUUAGUUGCAAAGAAGUCUUCAGGUUUACUCCCUCACCGGUGUAUUUCAACGCCUUAAUGCGAAUACAACUAUAGGUGUUGUAUGAGUGAUUGCGCUACUGAGACUGAUACCAUGUCUGAUUUGGUGGAUGCCAAAGGGAUAGCUGCACAAGGGCUGGGCAGUCCCUCAGUGCAAAGGUUUACGACAGAGAAUCCUGAAGUAGACGCUAAGCCUCCGGCUGACAUGUACACAUAUAAGAUGAACUACCCCAGCCUUGGACAGUGUGUCAUCAUCAACAACAAGAACUUUGACAAGCACACAGGAAUGAGCUUUCGCAAUGGAACAGACGUGGAUGCAGGACAUGCGAUCAAAGUGUUCUCGAGUUUGGGGUACAAAGUGAAGGUUGCUAAUGACCAGACUGUGCAACAGAUACAACAGCUGCUUUGCAAAGUGUCUCAAGACGACCACAGCCAGUCGGCCUCCUUUGUGUGUGUGAUGCUAAGCCAUGGAGACGAGGGGGUGUUCUAUGGCACAGAUGGCAACGUAGAACUCAAGAAGCUCACUGGCCUCUUUAGGGGCGACCGCUGCAAAACGCUGGUGGGCAAGCCCAAACUCUUCUUCAUCCAGGCGUGCCGUGGCAAUGACCUGGAUGGUGGCAUAGAGACAGACUCCGUUGCUGAUGACUCUCCAGAGAGGAUUCCUGUUGAGGCAGACUUUCUCUACGCUUAUUCUACAGCUCCAGGCUACUACUCCUGGAGGAACACCCAGAAGGGCUCCUGGUUCGUGCAGGCCCUCUGUGAGAUGUUACAAAGGUACGGCAAACAGCUGGAGAUCAUGCAGAUCAUGACACGUGUCAACCACAUGGUGGCACUUGACUUUGAGUCUAUGUCCAACAUGCCUGGCUUUACUGCCAAAAAGCAGAUCCCUUGCAUUGUGUCUAUGUUGACCAAAGAUCUCUACUUUCCACAUUGAUUUGAUAUUGUUGUCUAGACAUUACUAUGACUGAUUGUGUAUCCUGUGGGACCUUUUUAGCUAUGUGCACAAUGUUUACUGGACUUCUAAGUAGUGCUGAGCAAUUACACAACAUUUCUAAAUUACCAAUGUCGGUUCAAUAUUUUGAAUUCCCUUUAUGCACAUUUUCUCUAGAGAUAAACCAGAUCAAGCCCGAACUGCAAAGUAGGAGGGAGUGGUAGUUUCCAACAGGACAAUAUUCUACGUGGUUGAGUGCAGAAAACGUGGUAACUAACUACCAUGACCAAAAUCCUACUUGAGACAGAAGAACCUGCGUUCGAGGGGGAUAGAGAGCAGUUGCUCUCUAUGCCUUAUUUACUUUGAAGAACUACUAAAAUUGUGAUUUUGUCAGACAGCAUAGGCAGAAGCUCUAUAGAGAGGAUGACUAAUAUAUAUUUUUUAAUUGUCAUCAAAUAAAAAAACUUAAAAGUAAUCAAAAUAAAACAAAUGUAAUAUACACAACUCAAAUAUUUGUUUAAAGUAAUGUGAAUAAAUUAUGGUUAAUAAGUGAUAAGCAGUUAUGGGCAGUCACUACCAUCAUGGGACUUUUAAUGAUUGUUUCAUUUUGUGUUACCUCGUUCAACCCACAUAAUGCAUUUAAUGUAUUAUCGAAAUCGAAAACUGGGAUUAUUGUUUAAGAAUUUAAAUGAAACCGAACCGACCUCAAAAAGCACUAAUCACUCAGCACUACUUCUAAGUGGAUGCAAAUUUAAAUACUUGUAUUCUUUUUGGGUUAAGUCUUAAAGAGAAAGCUAAAGGUUUGAUUCGAUAUACCUUGGACUCAGAGGCCUAAAAGGCAUGAUGUUGGACCAAAGAGAAUGCAUUUUUAAUGGGGAAGGCAGGCAUUAAGCAACGAUUAUGCAAUAUGAAUACUUGCUAUUGAUUUGUUGUUCCUGUAUAUGUUCUGAAUUAUCCAGUAUAAAGGGAAACACGCUUUCAGAUAGCAAUAAUGUAGUGAAUCAAUCACUCAGGCUUUAAAAGUAUUGAAAAAUGUGCCAUGUCUUUUUAGAAAUGAUAACUGUCUUACCUGUGGGAUGGUUUGUUUUUUUCAUUUGCACAUUGUACAUUCAAAUAGCUUACUACAUGAAAUAUAAACUUGAAUAAACUAGCUUUUAUCCUUGA